CAGCCAUCAGGCUCCUCAUGUUUCACUGCACACCUCAGGAAAACAGUUGCAAGUUUUAUGAGGAAGUACCAACCACAAGCCUAUCACAAUGCUUCAUGAUAUCCGCCUCCCAAUAUUGUGGCAAGAUAGCCGUGGAACUACAUCAACACCCAGACCUUGGUUACCAGCGAUAACACAGCGGCUGUCAGCCUCCACUGUUGACAAGAAUCUGGUUUAACACCUCUCCUUUAUAAAUUGCCUUGGCUGUCAGACUUUUCCCUGCUUAAAGAAAAUCUCCUGAGACUGAAAAUUUCAAGAGGUUGAGGUGAAGAGCUCAAUACAAUCAGAUAAUGAGGACACCUUGGCUAUUUCUCAGCAUUGUUUUUGCGACUGCUCAGAGCCAGGUAACUUUUGUCGGGUUUGGGCCCGAGUCACCAGGUAUUGCGUAUCCAUGCCAACAGUGAGGAGCAGUUGGCUCUGGUGAAAUCCCUGGAGAGAAUGGAGCAUCUGAAGCUUGAUUUCUGGAAAGAACCUGUAAGGACCGCCCUCCCUAUUGACGUACGAGUUCCUCGCAAGCAUGUCCACACUGUCAAAUCCUUUCUGGAGUCCAAUGGCAUCACGUAUUCUGUCAUGAUCAAGAACCUACAGUCUUUGGUGGAUGAAGAGCAUGUAAGCAUGUUGAUUUCUGAGCUGAGAAAUGGCACCUACAGUUUUAAUUAUAGAGCCUACCACAGACUGAAGGAGAUUUAUACAUGGGUGAAGAAUCUGGCAGCUGAGAACCCACGCCUAGUCAGAAGGCAACGAAUCGGUAGAAGUUCCCAAGGGCGACCACUUCACAUCCUGAAGUUUAGCACAGGACGCAAGCGUCCUGCCAUAUGGAUCGACAGUGCUAUCCACGGCCGUGAAUGGAUAUCGCCGGCCGUCGCCAUAUGGAUUGCAAAGAAGAUCACUACUGACUACGGGAAUGAUCCAUCCAUCACGUCAUUGCUGAACAAAAUGGACAUCUUCAUGUUGAUCAUGGCGAACCCAGAUGGUUAUGUUUACAGUCGCACCAAGAACCGCAUGUGGCGUAAAACUAUGUCCAAGAAGCCUGGAUCUCAUUGCAUUGGAGUUGAUGCAAACAGGAAUUUUGAUGCCAACUUUGGAGGCAAUGGCAGUAGCAAAGCUCCUUGCGCGGAAAGUUAUUGUGGGCCUCACGUGCAUUCAGAACCAGAGGUGAAAGCUAUUGUGAAUUUCAUCCAGAAGCAUGGCAAUUUCAUGGUUUUCAUCACGCUCCAUAGCUACUUACAGCGCUUGUUGUAUCCUUAUGGAUAUACCCACGUGCCGCCAGAAAAUGCCGAAGAAUUGGCCACUCUAGCCAGUGAGGCGAUUGAAGUUCUGGCCUCCCUGUAUGGCACUCGGUAUACAUACGGAAGCAUCAUACAAACUAUCAAUGAGAGCAGUGGGAACAGCAUCGACUGGAGCUAUAACCAAGGUAUUAAGUACCCGUAUGCCUUUGAGUUGCGUGAUGAAGGUCAAUACGGCUUCGUGCUUCCGCCAAGUCAGAUCAUUCCCACGGCUGAGGAAACUUGGUUGGCCAUAAAGAAAAUAAUGGAGCACGCUUCCAAUCGCUUACCUUGAUAUGGCGGCUACUGCACUGCUGAUUUAAAAGGAAAGUGUUCAGUGCUGAUCAGCUAUGUAACUGCGGUGGUAUUGUACGUGCUUUCUUCCGUCUGGCUGCAUAUAUACAGAAUGUCAUACUGCAAUAUUGCUUAACACAACAUGUAAUAGAAAAGAAACUUAAAGCUCAUUUCUUGCAUUUCUGCCUUUGAGGAUGUACUUAAUUGCAGCUUUUAAGGGGAAAGAGUUUAGGAUUUGCCCCAAUCAAGGUAAACGGUUUAAUGGGGUGACUGGGUCAAAAGGUUGACCUCAGUCUCAAUGUAUAAUAGUUCGCUCAGUGUUCAGAUUGAGAGGUUAUCCUAAUCUGAGAGUCUGGGGUUCUCCAAUUCCAGGCCGACAGAUCACUUCAAUCUCAGAGUGUGAGUGUUGUGUUCAAUUUUUCAUUGUUCAAUUAUGUUUGUAUGAUAUCUGUUCUCUGUGUGUGAUUAGUUAAGCCUGGGUAAGAGAAGUUAAACUGUAGGCAAGCAGCUGGAGGCAUGAGAGCAGACAUUUUAAAGUAUUGAAUCAACUACUGUUUAGGCAUAUAACCUGGAGUGUAUCAUCUCUACAUCCUCUGAGGUAUAAGACACAAUAGGGUUACUCUAAUGUCCAAGUAUAUUCUUCAAUCAUACCUCAUUUUGAAAGUGUAUUUCAACCUCACACUUAAAUUGGUAACAAUAUCAGUUUAAAGAUCUACCUCCAUUGCAAGAUAAAAAGAUUUAAUCCAAUCUCAAGAUUUAAGAGUUUACAGUAGCAUAGAAAUAUUUGAUCUCAGAGUUUAAGGGUUUACUCAAGCACAGGGUUUAAGCAUUUGCAGAAGGCCAGUUGAAUGCUUUAUUCCAAAUCAUCACAUAAGGAUCUACCUCAAUCUUAGAUGAUGAUUUUGCCCCCAAACCUGUUGCCUGGAAGCUUACUUCAAUGUUUGUUUAAGGGUUUAACCUAAUAUUAGGUUAAUAAUUUCAGUUAAAAAGAUAGAUCCUAAUCUCUAAUUUAAUGCAGUUUAGCCCAUAUUAGUUUGAAGUUUUAUCACAAACUCAGCAUUUAACUGUUUGCCCCAAUCUUAACACAAUCUCAUUCUUUAAUUCUUGAAUAAGCUCAUCAUUUUCCAAAUUAACCCACCUCAUCUUAAGGGUUUAAUUCUAAUCUCAUGGGUUCAAGGCUUCACUUCAAACUCACUUUAGGAAUGUGCUACAAUCUAAUUUACUGUGCUUGAUAUUUAAUAUACCAUGCUUGUCAAAUAUGUAUACAUAUUAUGUUUAUUAAAAAACUAUUGCCAGUU